GUCUUUUUCCUCCCUUCUGCUUGAGACGUUGUCUCUCAGGAUUUUUUCUAUACAUGCCAACCAUGGAAUCAAAAACAACGGUGGCUGUCUCUGGCAGUGAGGAGGAACCAGUCGGACAAUUGGAUCAAGGGCUUCGGGCUUGGACAGUCGUCUUUGGAGCAUGGUGUGGUCUAUUUUGCGCUUUUGGCUGGGUGAAUGCCAUGGGCAUUUUCCAAGAGUACUACCAGAACAAUCAAUUACAUUCAUAUUCAGCGUCCAGUAUCUCCUGGAUUUUAUCUCUGGAGCCAUUCGUACUCUUUGCGGCUGGAAUUGUCAUCGGAAGAGUAUUCGAUAAUUAUGGCCCAAAGUGGCUGCUUCUUAUUGGAACAUGUCUUCACGUCUUUGGUAUUAUGAUGACCUCCAUAUCGACGGAGUACUAUCAAUUCCUGCUAGCCCAGGGAAUCUGUAGCCCUCUUGGUGCAAGUUUUGUCUUCUCGUCCUCCCUCUCCUGUACCGCAACAUGGUUCGAGAAACGACGUGCCUUGGCCUUUGGAAUCGUUUCCAGCGGUUCGUCACUGGGUGGAGUUGUAUUCCCAACCAUGUUGUCUCGGAUCUUGCCUAGUAUCGGGUUUGGAUGGUCCCUGCGUAUCUCUGGAUUCAUCAUCCUCGCACUCUUGGUAAUUGCCAACCUGACUGUCCGAUCGAGAAUACGAAAUGUCCCGCGGCCAGUGAAGUUGAGUGAUUACACGAGCCCGUUCUCGGAGGUACCCUUUAUCUUGCUUAUGCUGGCAUCCUGCUGUGGAUUCUUCGCCAUGUUUGUGCCCAUCAGUUAUAUCGUUGUAGAGGCCCAAGAGGACGGAGUCAACCCCGACCUAGCUGGGUACUUGUUGACUAUACUUAAUGCUGCCAGUCUCCCAGGCCGCAUCAUACCAGGCUACAUAGGGGACAAACUGGGCCGAUUCAACGUCAUGAUUGCCAUGUGCUCCUUAUCCGCCAUCGUUAUCCUAGCCCUCUGGCUUCCAGGUACUCUUCUCUCCCCAGGCAGUGCAGCCAUCUAUAUUAUCUUCAGCAUGUUGUAUGGGUUUGCAUCGGGUGCAUUUGUGGGCAUGGUACCCGCCCUGCUGGGCCAGAUCUCGCCCGACGUGACCAAGAUCGGUGUUCGUCAGGGAGUUCUAUUUACUUGCAUCAGUAUUGCAUCCCUCACGGGAAGUCCCAUUGCGGGAGCAAUCUUGAGCCGACAAAAUGGGACCUAUUGGGGAUUACAGGUCUUUUCGGGUGCAAUGAUGGUAGCAAGUGUAUUCUUCUUCAUUGCGGCGAGAGCGGUACUUGCUGGACUGUCUAUCGCAAAAAAGGUUUAA